AUGGAAACAGAUAUAAACGUUCCUAAAACAAAGGGUGUCAAUUUCAUGUUUUAGAACAUAAAGUUCCACAUAUAUGUUUACAUUUUAGUUAAUGUGGGAUAAUGGAUAAUGCAUAGUUAAGAUCACUAUUGCACAGCAGAUGGCAAGUCCAUGCGUAAAUUAAUGGAACAUGGCUCAGUAUGUAUGAUUAUCAUUAACGUACUAGGUUUAUUCUAUAUUUGGUGUAGGGAUUAGUUUGCUCGUUUAGAAUUUUGGUUGAUUUAUGCUACCAAUUUCUUUUGGUUUUUGAUAGUGUUUUUUGAUAUAAUUAGCGCAGUUACUUCUUAAAAAAGAGAGUGUAUGGAAGUUAUUAUGUCUCAGAAGUCUUUUGCAUUUUUAGGUCUUAAAAAUUAAAUUGAGUUGGUGAUUUGCUUGUCAUUUUAGAUGGAAUACGCUGCAAAAUUUGUAAAUAUGGCUUCUAAUUUACUCUUCCCUUAUCUGCUUUUAAGUAGUGGCAAAGACCUUGGACUAUGCCACGAUAACGGCUCCAUAAUUAUCUUUUCCAUUUGUUUCUCUCAUAUCUUUAUUAAUAUUUUAGCAGCAAUUAUGAACUCAGUUCUUAUGUGCAUGGGAAGAAAGGGAAGAAAAUUAUAAUCAUUCAGGUUCUUUAUUUUAAUAGCAGUAGUUAGCUUUCUUAUAGUCUAUGUAAUAGUUUUCAUUUCCUACAAUCAAGUAAAACAAGAAAGGCAAUGUGUUCCAAUGGAAUACACUUUAAGGGCAUACAUAUAAAUUUCUCCCAUAGCAAUUGCUUCUAUGCUGACUAUAUUGCUUUCUGUCAAGUCUGAUUUGGGUGGAGAUGUUAGAGAAAAGGCAUUAAUUUAGCAUUAAAAGCAUGCAAACGACUAAGACUAUAUAAUGGGAGUAACUUCCAAAAUAGGAGGAGGAGCUUAUGGAGUAGUUUCUCAAGCUAACCACACAGACAAAUCUAAAGUAGCACAAAUUAAGCAAGGUUUUGGUAGCUUGAAAUAGUGA